AGCACAAAAAAAGAAAUGCAAGGCUGCCCAUGCUGAGCCACGAACUACCGAGUUUGCCAUGGCAGGUUGUCGGGGUCGAUCUUUUUCACCACGAAGGCAAUGAUUACCUCAUAGUGGUAGAUUCUUAUUCGUUUUUCUUCGAGGGUCGCAAGCUUAGCCGGACUACCGCUGCUGCUGUGAUCAACGCAUGUGCAGAAAUCUUCGCGACACAUGGCAUUCCCGUCAAACUGUGCACUGACAACGGCCCUCCUUUCAACAGUGCAACAUUUCAGGCAUUCACAGGUCAAUUUAAUAUCAGCCACACCACUUCUAGCCCGUACCAUCCGCGCGCCAACGGCUUGGCAGAGCGUGCCGUUCAGGAAGCUAAACAUCUGCUAAACAAAUGCCCGUUUUCCACGCUUGAAUUUUACACUGCGUUGUUGGAGUGGCGGAAUACUCCGAGGGACGAACAGUUGCAGUCUCCAGCUCAAAGGCUCAUGGGACGUCACACUAGAAGCCAACUCCCGGUUCUCAACUGUCACCUGGAGCCCAAGACGGUACCCACGGAAGCAGUUCGUCAGCGACUACAAGAAAUACGACAUAAACAGCGUUCCUACUACAACAGAACGACACGGGCUUUGCCAGACCUUCGUAGCGGAAACAGAGUGUCCGUAUACGACACGCUAAGCAGAAUGUGGGCCCCGGCCAUGGUAAUUGGUCCUGCAGGGCCACCGCGAUCCUACUUAGUGGCUACAGACAGUGGACAGCAGUUACGCCGUACGAGAGACCAUCUCAGGGCCACACAUGCUGCUCAGCCUGCUGAAUCACAAGCAGAAACCCGAAAACAGGCUAUGCCAAGUACCCCAGCAGAUGCAAUUCAAGCCCCACUUCGAAGAAGUGAACGGGAGGGGAAGAUGUACUGGAGCGCAAUAUCGUGCCUGGAAGUCAGCCAGUGCGCAUGUGCAACACGCCCCCUACUUAUCGCCGCGCUCCUUAUAUACCCGGCUACGUUUCGGAAUAAAGUGCUUUUUGUUACCUGCUACUCGUCUGGCUUACACUCCCUUCAACGUCUUCUAUUGAAAAAGGAGCUUUAA